UCCGGGGCCCCUCCUAGACACGCGGCCCCUAUUACCCACACACCCUGGCCUCGCGGGGCCAACCACGGUGGGUGUCCGAGGCCUCGGGCCUCCAAGGUUCGGAAAUACCAAGAUCUGGUAAUUCCUGGGCUCCAGGGUCCCGGGUGGCCAGAAACCCGCAACUCCGAGCCACCAGGGUUCCAGAGUCUAAAGCGCCAGGGGACUCAACCUGAGACUCCUAAAUGUAGAGAUCCUAGACUCUUGAGACCCUAAAACCCGCUUCCUCCCAACAUCCCAAAGGCGUCGAAGCCCCCCAGGAACCCCGAGUCCCGAAACGGGUUCCGUUACCCCAGGCUGCCCCGCCCCGCGCCCGCCCCCGCUCGCCCUGGGCGCGCGCCCCAGCACAUUCCGUCCUCUCCACCCGGCCCCUCCCGCCUCCCGCGGCCCGGUGGGGACGGAAACAUCCCGUACCCGCUCGCGCGCGCCCGCCGGAGAGCUGGGUCAAGGAGUUCGGCAAGACCGGAGCGCGGUGCCCCGACGCCCGGGAACUGGCUCCCCCAGUUCUCAUCUGGUGACCUCACCUGGUCACACCCUUUCAGGUGAACGGCCAGGCCUGGUGACGUCACUUCCUGCCAGGCGUUGCAGCCUGAGGAGACUCGUCGGGUCCUCAGCGUCUUGGCGGCAGCUGGUUGGAACAGCAGCUUCGAGUCCGUCCCCGGUGCUGCCUGCGUGUUCACCUGAGUCUCGCUGGAGCUCUUCUCGCCCGCCCACCUCAUCUCAACGGACUUUCCGCGGAGAGCGGCGCCAACCCGGGCCUGCCUCGGAUCAGGCGUCCCCUGAAGUCGGCACGCCCCUCCGCGUCCCGCUUCGGCCCCGCUAGGACCCCGUCCGGGCUGCCGUCGCCUCGUCGCUAUGGCGCCCACCAUCCAGACCCAGGCCCAGCGGGAGGAUGGCCACAGGCCCAAUUCCCACCGGACUCUGCCUGAGAGGUCUGGAGUGGUCUGCCGAGUCAAGUACUGCAAUAGCCUCCCUGAUAUCCCCUUCGAUCCCAAGUUCAUCACCUACCCCUUCGACCAGAACAGGUUCGUCCAGUACAAAGCCACUUCCUUGGAGAAACAGCACAAACAUGACCUCCUGACUGAGCCAGACCUGGGGGUCACCAUUGAUCUCAUCAAUCCUGACACCUACCGCAUCGACCCCAAUGUUCUUCUAGAUCCAGCCGAUGAGAAACUUUUGGAAGAGGAGAUUCAGGCCCCUACCAGCUCCAAAAGAUCCCAGCAGCACGCAAAGGUGGUGCCAUGGAUGCGAAAGACAGAGUACAUUUCCACUGAGUUCAACCGUUAUGGCAUUUCCAAUGAGAAGCCUGAGGUCAAGAUUGGGGUUUCCGUGAAGCAGCAGUUUACCGAGGAAGAAAUAUACAAAGACAGGGAUAGCCAGAUCACAGCCAUUGAGAAGACUUUUGAGGAUGCCCAGAAAUCAAUCUCCCAGCAUUAUAGCAAACCCAGAGUCACACCAGUGGAGGUCAUGCCUGUCUUCCCAGACUUUAAGAUGUGGAUCAAUCCAUGUGCUCAGGUAAUCUUUGACUCAGACCCAGCCCCCAAAGACACAAGUGGCGCAGCCGCAUUGGAGAUGAUGUCUCAGGCCAUGAUUAGGGGCAUGAUGGAUGAGGAAGGGAACCAGUUUGUGGCCUAUUUCCUGCCUGUAGAAGAGACGCUGAAGAAACGAAAGCGUGAUCAGGAGGAGGAGAUGGACUAUGCACCAGAUGAUGUGUAUGACUACAAAAUUGCUCGGGAGUACAACUGGAACGUGAAGAACAAAGCUAGCAAGGGCUAUGAGGAAAACUACUUCUUCAUUUUCCGAGAGGGUGAUGGAGUUUACUACAAUGAGUUGGAAACCAGGGUCCGCCUUAGUAAGCGCCGGGCCAAGGCUGGGGUUCAGUCAGGCACCAACGCCCUGCUUGUGGUCAAACAUCGGGACAUGAACGAGAAGGAAUUGGAAGCUCAGGAGGCACGGAAGGCCCAGCUAGAAAACCACGAACCAGAGGAGGAAGAGGAAGAGGAGAUGGAGACAGAAGAGAAAGAAGCUGGGGGCUCAGAUGAGGAGCAGGAGAAGGGCAGCAGCAGUGAGAAGGAAGGCAGUGAGGACGAGCACUCGGGCAGUGAGAGUGAACGAGAGGAAGGUGACAGGGAUGAGGCCAGUGACAAGAGUGGCAGUGGCGAGGAUGAGAGCAGUGAGGAUGAGGCCCGGGCUGCCCGUGACAAAGAAGAGAUCUUUGGCAGUGAUGCUGAUUCAGAGGAUGAUGCCGACUCUGAUGAUGAGGACAGAGGACAGGCCCAAGGUGGCAGUGACAAUGAUUCGGACAGUGGCAGCGAUGGGGGUGGCCAGCGGAGCCGCAGCCGCAGCGCCAGUCCCUUCCCCAGUGGCAGCGAGCACUCAGCCCAGGAGGAUGGCAGUGAAGCUGCAGCUUCUGAUUCCAGUGAAGCUGAUAGUGACAGUGACUGAAUCCCAGGGCAUUCAGGGCUGGUUCAGACACCACUAUUAUGAGCAGGAAGGCACUUUUCUAGUGGUCUGUUUGUGAGCCUUUCACUUGUUUGUCCCCCACCCCCAAACCUUUCCUGUUAAUAAAGCCAAUUUCUCUUUA